CAACAGCUGACCUUUACUUCUGAGUCCACACCCCGCCAAAUCCCCGCCAUUCCUGGCAGUCCCCCCACGAAUCAUGGCCACACCUGCAACGAAAUCCCUUUUUUUGCUCUGCCUCUCCUUGGCGGUCUUGAUGCCUGCGAGGCUCGCGGCGGCGAACACCCUUCCUUCACCAAAUCUUUUGGCGCGCGAUGGAGUUAUCCAGAACAUUCAAGCGAGAAAUCUGUCGACCUGGCUGGACAACAUCCCAUCACAGUGCCAAGUCCAGUGCGAUGUCGUUGUCGGAGCUGCACACAACUGCCAAUACCUGAGUUGCGUUUGCACGACCACGAACGCGGAAGACCUUGUCACAUGCGCAAAUUGUAUCGUCGCGUUGAACCCCGGACAGCCUGGUAUCGUGGCCACGAACCAAGCAAUUCUCGAUGAGUGGACCAACUCCUAUUGCGCGGAUUAUCCAACACCCCCUCUCUAUAUAACACCCCCCGGUGGUUCGUCGUCGUCAUCCUCGGCCAGCGCAUCAGCUACAUCAUCCGGGUCUGGUUCUCUUGCUACCUCCGUGGUGAAGAGUGGUGCUCCAUCACCUCGUGCUAUCUAUAUACCGUCGCUGGUGUUUUUGCAAGAUGUCCAACACGCCCCCCUCAACGCUAUCACGCCGUGCGGUAAUCAGGUGGCCGGUCUCCCUGUGGCAGUAACGCUGUAUGUUGAUGAUGCUGACCGUGUCGCAGAGCUAAGUGCCGUAGUUGUUGAAAAUGCCGACCGUGUCGCAGAGCUGAGUGCCGUAGUUGUUGAAAAUGCCGUGGAUGACGUUGAAUUUGAGUUGACCGAUAUGGAGGUCCCAUUGGAUGUACCUGACGCUUCCAAAACAUGCGUCCGCAAACUCUACAGGGUCCGCGCAAAGAAGGACUUACGUCUAACAGAGUUGUACUAUUACUGCACGCCGUUGAACACUGGUAGAACGGAGGUGACGCUGAGAGGGGCACUGUUGGUGUCGCGACUCGAUAUCCCAUUGGAGUCUGGCUUUUCCGAAGCCAUUGCCACGGACUUGAAGAUCAUGUUCGAAGACAUGGUGCACGUUGAACUGGCAAGCAGACGACUAGGUCACGUCGUUUUUGAUGAGUGGCCUCAGUUCUCUGGCACUCCAGGGUAUAGCCCUUGUGGUUGGGAGGAUACUAUCAGUGACCAGGAGUUUGAUAUGCUUCAGGAGUUUGAAAUCCCUGAUUUCCUCUCUUAA